AUGUACGGGGUAGUUAGACUUGUGCUCGUCCUAUGCGCUGCUUUGGCAGCGCAUGGAUACCCUAUGCAGACAACAGAUGCUGUCUUUCAUUUAUUUACCCAGUCCAAUCCUACAGUGAGCGAGCCUCUUCUGCCAUCCAUAGUUUCUAUUUCUAUGUCUUCGUUCUCGAACAGUCGCAAAACAAUCAUAGCUAUACAUAGUAACGGCGAAGGUGUUACUGGAAACUUUAUCGCCCAUCUUGUGCCAGCUCACCUCAGAGCAGAAGACGUCAACAUAUUAGCAGUAGAUUGGAGCCGUGGGUCAUUCGGUUACUCCGUGGGUGUUGCUAAUGUUCCCCAGCUCGGCGACCUAAUUGCGAACUUUGUAAACAUUUUGAUAAAUAGCUUUGGAUACAACGUGAACCUUAUCCGCAUCGUCGGAUUUGGCUUGGGUGGCCAUGCUGCUGGAGCUGCUGCCAGAAAGAUUAAUGGCGUCGUUCCUCACAUAGUCGCUCUAGACCCCCCACUUCUUGGUUGGACGCACAAUCCUCACAAGCUAAAGUCUGAUGACGCAGCCUUCGUUGAGGUCCUACACACAUCAGCGGGAGCAUACGGCUAUGGCGAACCUUUGGGAAAAAUUGACUUCUAUGCUAACGGUGGAGCUCAACAACCUAUGUGUGGGGCGGACUAUUCUUGCUCUCACAUGUACUCUUACGUGUACUAUGCAGAAUCUAUCACCGCUGAUGCCUCAGGUGCAUCUAAAUUCAUUGGGACCGCUUGUGGUUCUCGACAAGAUGCCGAACAGUUGACCUGCAGUGGUAACCGUGACGCCACUUUCGGAGGCACAGCUAAUAAAUCGACGGAAUCUGGCAUAUACAUUUUCCUAACAAAUAUUCGUCCACCCUUCGCAAGAGGAUGAAAUCAGUAGCGUCAAAAUAAAUAAAAAUGUGUUAUUAUAAUGUUUGAUAUAGAAUGUUUUUUAAUUUAAUUUUUCC